UCGUUGGCUGACGGAAAAGGCCGAGUCGAAAUCGAAACUCCUAACUGACGGCGAAAAAUGGUGCAUGGCCGCUGAUAAGGCCUUAACCCUAAUAGUAUGGCUUAUUUGGAUUAGAUAUUUACCAAGAUAGAACAUUUGAAACUUUUCUAGGUGGUAUUUGGCCGGCAUGUUGUUGUAGUUUAGUAUCGGUGAGGGUAACGUCUGUCAGUGAGUGAGUCCGUCUCACCCCGAAACAUGGACCCGGACACCGAGGUGCAAAGAAUCUUUAGGAAUGAAGAGGAGGUGGACGAUGAGGAAGAGCAGAGGAAGAAGUUGAAGAGGCCUCCCUCUAGCUAUGGUUCAAUGAAGAGCGACAGCGAUAACACGGAGGAAGAGGGGGACGAGGAGGAUGAAGCUGAUGACGUGCUUGUAGAACUACCUGAACCGUCUGCAACCGAGGACACAGGGGUGCAGAUGAUUCGUUCUGAGUCUCCAGAGACCCUCUACACCAUGACCACGAUGCAGACCAAACCACCAGGAGCCUUUGUUAUUGAAACCGGGUCUUCUGAUCUAGAGGAUUUUCCUGAAGAUGUUGAUGAUGUGGAAGAAGAUGAGGAUGAACUUUUGGUAACUAAUUCCCCAGAACCACCUGAGCCCAUUGAACCAGAGGAUGCUAUGCAGACUGAUGAGAACAGCCAGCCAGGAAAACUGCACCCAGAGCAGGACAUGCCACAUGUGUUCAAGACCAUCCAGAGUGUUCUGACAGACCUCAGCAAAGAUGACUUGCUGAACUUUAAGAUGUGGUAUCACCAGUGGGAAAGACGUAUAACAUUAUCAGAUACAAUAUGCGGAGACGUACUUGACUUUGUUGACAAAACUCUGGAGAUUCUUGGUGAAGAACGUGCACUGUUGCAUACUAUACAUACUCUGGAAAAUAUUGGCAAAUUCGAGCUGGCAAAGAAACUAGACAAACUGUGCAAGAGAGUGUUGAUCCGUCAUAUUCUGAGGGGGGAAUUAAACAGAAAACAUUCCACCCUCUAUGAAGGGGUGAGUCACGCUGGAAGACAACCUUUGUUAGAGACCGUCUACGUGGAGCCGCUGAUUACCAUAGGCAGUUAUGGAGGAGUUGACCUCUCGCAUGAGUUCCGACCACACCAUGUGACGCCACUCCAGGUUCCCAGUAAUGUCACCUAUGUUGGUGUGACUGACCUGUUCAGACAGCAGAAGGAGGAUGGCACGCCAGUGAGGACGGUGCUGACCACUGGGAUUCCAGGAAUUGGCUUGUCUGUCUGUGUGGCGAAGUUUUGCCUGGACUGGUCAGAGCAUCGGUCCAAUUUGGAUUUACAGUUUGUCAUCAAACUUUCAUUCCGUGCUAUACGGAAUCUGCGAAACAGAAAGGACAGCGAGCGUCCUCCUCCUCAGAUCAUGUCCGUGAUGGACAUGAUUGAAUUUUAUCAUCCAGACUUAAGAGGCAUCACUUUCCUGGACGAAGAGAACUGUAAAUAUCUCGUCAUAAUGGACGGGUUCGAUCGCUACCAAUAUCCUCUGGACUGGGAGAAUGCUCCAGUAAUACAUGGCAAUCGCACCAAAGCGCAUCCUGAUGUCGUGAUUGUGAACAUCUUCCGAGGCACUGUGCUUCCUGGUGCCCGCAUCUGGAUCCUGGGGAGGCCUACAGCCGUCUCUCAAAUACCAUCCAAGUUCAUAGACCUCACCACAGAAAUACAGGGCUACACUGACGAGAUGAAGGACCACUUCCUGACCAAGCGCUUUAUUGAUGCAGAGGUUGCAGCAAAGAUUGUGGCGCACUACAAACGCCUACCAACACUAAAGAUCCUGACUCGCCAGCCCUUUGUCUGCUGGAUGGCGGCCAAAGUGUUCGAGCGACGCUUCCAUUAUCGGGACUACGGGACGGAGCCUCCCAGACUGACAUCGUUCUACAUCAACAUUUUUGUGAUCCAGUCAAAUCGCAGGCUGGAGUUCUACCAUGAAAAAACGGAAAUUAAUCUGGUUUGGUCCGCUGAGGACAAGCAGAUGCUCAUUAACAUAGGAAAGCUGGCCUUCACGAUGCUGGAAAAGAACACCAGUGUCUUCUAUGAGGAGGAUUUGAAGGAGCACGGCCUGCCGUUCCGAGAGGUGGUGGUCUGCUCCGGCUUCUGCUCAGAGGUCCUCACUCCAACUGCUGAUGGGAGAAGGCAGUUCUGCUUUUUUCACUACACAUUUCAGGAGUUCAUGGCUGCUCUGUACAUCUUCAGCUUGUUUUACAUGGAGUCGAAGAACAUUUUGGACUCUGGGUCCAGACUUCCCAAGAUCUUCACACCCUCCAAAUGGUCGACCAAAUCAGCAGCAGGCCUGGUCCACUGUGCCAUAGGGCGAACCUUCAGCGCCCCACUGGGUCACUAUGACAUGUUCCUGCGCUUUCUGUGUGGCCUGCUUAACGAAGAAAGCCACGAUGACCUACUCGCUGGGGCCCUUUACCCUCCCAGGUCCCCAAAGGUGGCUGGACUGGACGAGGUGCAGCGGCUGCUGGAGCAGACCAUCCAGAAAGCUCCGGCAGACAGGGUGGAAAACCUGAAAGAGUGCCUUCGGGAGAUGAUCCAGGAAGACCAGUGAGCUGAGGCUGGAUCACUACAUGAAAACAAAUGUCACUUUAUAUGGAGACGAUAGAUAAAAAAUGAAUAGUGCCUUCAAGCUUCAAGUUUCUGUGUCAUCACAGAAUUUGCCGUUAAUCACCCCCAAAGUGCUGAAAACAAUCCCGAACAUUGUUUUAAACAUCAGGCCCUUGCUUGUUCUGAUUCUGCCAUUAAAGUGUCAGUGAGUUUACUGCAGCAUCAGACUAAAUAAAUCGCUCUAUGUGUCCUGCUACAGUAGACUGUAUGCAAUACGACAGUGCCUUGUGAAAGUAUUCGGCCCCCUUGAACUUUUCAACCUUUCGCCACAUUUCAGGCUUCAAACAUAAAGAUAUAAAAUUUAAAUUUUUUGUCAAGAAUCAACAACAAUUGGGACACAAUCAUGAAGUGGAAUGAAAUUUAUUGGAUAUUUUAUACUUUUUUAACAAAUAAAAAACUGAAAAGUGGGGUGUGCAAUAUUAUUCGGCCCCUUUACUUUCAGUGCAGCAAACUCACUCCAGAAGUUCAGUGAGGAUCUCUCAAUGAUCCAAUGUUGUCCUAAAUGACUGAUGAUGAUAAAUAGAAUCCACCUGUGUGUAAUCAAGUCUCCGUAUAAAUGCACCUGCUCUGUGAUAGUCUCAGGGUUCUGUUUAAAGUGCAGAGAGCAUCAUGAAGACCAAGGAACACACCAGGCAGGUCCGAGAUACUGUUGUGGAGAAGUUUAAAGUCGGAUUUGGAUACAAAAAGAUUUCCCAAGCUUUAAACAUCUCAAGGAGCACUGUGCAAGCAAUCAUAUUGAAAUGGAAGGAGUAUCAGACCACUGCAAAUCUACCAAGGCCCGGCCGUCCCUCUAAACUUUCACCUCGAACAAGGAGAAGACUGAUCAGAGAUGCAGCCAAGAGGCCCAUGAUCACUCUGGAUGAACUGCAGAGAUCUACAGCUGAGGUGGGAGAGUCUGUCCAUAGGACAACAAUCAGUCGUACACUGCACAAAUCUGGCCUUUAUGGAAGAGUGGCAAGAAGAAAGCCAUUUCUCAAAGAUAUCCAUAAAAAGUCUCGUUUGAAGUUUGCCACAAGCCACCUGGGAGACACACCAAACAUGUGGAAGAAGGUGCUCUGGUCAGAUGAAACCAAAAUCGAACUUUUUGGCCACAAUGCAAAACGAUAUGUUUGGCGUAAAAGCAACACAGCUCAUCACCCUGAACACACCAUCCCCACUGUCAAACAUGGUGGUGGCAGCCUCAUGGUUUGGGCCUGCUUUUCUUCAGCAGGGACAGGGAAGAUGGUUAAAAUUGAUGGGAAGAUGAAUGGAGCCAAAUACAGCUCGAGCUGUUUUGCAAGGAAGAAUGGGCAAGAAUUUCAGUCUCUCGAUGUGCAAAACUGAUAGAGACAUACCCCAAGCGACUUGCAGCUGUAAUUGCAGCAAAAGGUGGCGCUACAAAGUAUUAAUGCAAGGGGGCCGAAUAAUAUUGCACGCCCCACUUUUCAGGUUUUUAUUUGUUAAAAAAGUUUAAAACAUCCAAUAAAUUUCGUUCCACUUCACGAUUGUGUCUCAAUUGUUGUUGAUUCUUGACAAAAAAAUUAAAAUUUUAUAUCUUUAUGUUUGAAGCCUGAAAUGUGGCGAAAGGUUGAAAAGUUCAAGGGGGCCGAAUACUUUCACAAGGCACUGUACAUUAUGUUUGUUUUGCUCUACAAAGACAAACCAAUGAAAAUGCUUUUCUUCAUUUAGUUACCAUUUUUUAAAAACAGAAUCCUUGACAAAGAAUAUCACGCAGCAUGUAGACCAAAAAUGACAAUAGCCAGAUGAAUUAAAAGUACCAUAACAAAAAAAAACAUUUUUGAUGUAUCACAACUCAACUUAAGACAGAAAUGAGGGAAGAGGUGUAGCUCUACAUUAAUAAAUUUUAAACACACCCAAUUUCAUUUACCACAUUAUCCUUUUGCUAAGUAUUCUCUUACAGAAACCCAUUUAUUUCGAUAGAUGUCCAACCUUAACUGCAGUCUUGCUGUUAUACACUCCAUGCACUCCACAUCUCUGAGUCUUUGAGUCCACUGGUCUAGCUACCAUUUUUUAAUACGACCCGUGGCUUUUAUUUUCCUCUCGGUUAAAUACAGUGCAUGUCAGUGGUGACAGAAGUAACUGAACUUUAGGGAAGUUCAAAUAUUUAAUAAAUUUAUCCUGGGCACAAAUCAAAAUAUGUCAUAAGAUUUAGCAGAAUCUGCCAAGAUUUGUGACAAACCGAGAACAAGACAUUUGUCAUCACAAUAAAAGUGGACGUGCAAAAUAGUACUUGGUCUAGUGGUGUUUUGUAGUCCUAUAUAAACACAAACUAUGCUACGCAUCAAUACAAAACCAGUACGUGUGAAGUUGUAAGACGAUACAUGCUGUGUGUGUGCAUUUACAAUCAAAUCAUGGCCUCUAAGUGAAGAUGGUAUGUGUGAAAUCUUACUUUUUGCUGUAUGUAUAUACUGUCUGAAUUUAUAAAUGAGUUCCUCGGUCUUAAUUUUCUGUGAAAAAACAACAGUCCAAAACAGAUUUUGUAAUACGGCAUGGUUAUGCAUCCAUGUUGGUGAAAGUCUUUGUAAGCCAUGUUUUAGGUGUUUUUAUGAGAUAGAAUGAUUAAAGGGUGAAUUUAAUGCCA